GGGAGAGAAGGGAGAGAAGGGGAGGGAGAGAGGGAAGGGGAGGUGAAGCCAAAUUUAACACCAUAGCUCUCGAUGAUUUCAUGUCCAUUCUCGUAUUUUGUUUUGUUGCUGUAUGCUUUCCAUUUCUCGCUUCGUUUCCCAACAUUCGCGCGGAUUAUGUAGGCACAGGUGAACCGAGGAUUAGUGUCGUUUGUCGCGGAUUUUCAAGGUUUUUGUAGGGUUUCGCGAGCAUUGCGAGCGAGAGGAGCUUACCGGAGCUCUGAGCGAUAGGGUUCGCGAUGCGGUGACGAGUUCUAGGCUUGCUAAGGGAGGGGAGGGCCGGAGGUGUACUCGCGAGGGCCGUGACUCUGCCGUGAGAGUCGAUGAUGGCGGUCGCCUUGCCUGGGCAGCUGAAUUUGGACGAGACUCCGACAUGGGGGUCGCGGAGCGUUGAUGUGUAUGAGAAGAUUGAGCAGAUUGGAGAGGGGACUUACGGGCAAGUGUACAUGGCAAAGGAUAAAUCGACAGGUGAAGUUGUUGCGCUGAAGAAAGUUCGUAUGGACAAUGAGAAAGAAGGGUUUCCAAUCACUGCCAUUCGAGAAAUCAAGAUUCUGAAGAAGUUGCAACAUGCGAAUGUCAUUAAAUUGAAGGAGAUUGUGACCUCUAAAGGACCCGAGAAAGAGGACAACAUCAAGCCAGGCGAUGCGAGUAAGUUCAAAGGUUCUAUUUACAUGGUGUUCGAGUACAUGGACCAUGAUCUGACUGGUCUUGCAGAUCGACCUGGAAUGCGCUUCUCUAUUCCCCAAAUCAAGUGUUAUAUGAAGCAGCUUCUCACAGGUCUACAUUACUGCCAUGUGAACCAAGUGCUUCACAGGGAUAUCAAAGGUUCAAAUCUUCUUAUCGACAACAAUGGCAUUUUGAAGCUUGCCGACUUCGGGCUUGCAAGGUCUUUCUCCAACGAUCAGAAUGGUCAACCAUUAACUAAUCGGGUCAUUACUCUUUGGUAUAGGCCCCCUGAGCUGUUGUUGGGCUCCACAAAGUACACUCCAGCGGUGGACAUGUGGUCAGUGGGAUGCAUUUUUGCCGAGCUUCUUAACGGAAAACCCAUCCUUCCCGGAAGGAACGAGAGCGAACAGUUCCAAAAAAUCUGCGAACUUUGUGGGUCUCCUGAUGAGACCAACUGGCCUCGUGUCAGUCAGUUGCCUUACUACAAUCAAUUCAAGCCUGAGAGACUAAUGAAACGUCGUGUGAAGGAUGUGUUCAAGCAUUUUGACAGACAUGCUCUUGAGCUCUUGGAGCGGAUGUUGACAUUGGAUCCUGAUCAUCGAAUUUCUGCUAAAGAUGCGUUGGAUGCUGAAUACUUCUGGGUUGAACCUUUUCCAUGCCAACCAAGCAGUUUGCCGAAAUAUGAAGCUUCUCAUGAAUAUCAGACCAAGAAGAAAAGGCAGCAACAGCGGCAACAACAAGAGGAGCAGGCAAAGCGCAUGAAGGUCUUACAUCACCCAGCUCCUCACACACGCCUGCCACCGAUUCAGCAACAACCUCUACGUCCUGGUCCUCAUCAACCUGGUCACAACUUGGGGCCUCCAAGUCAUGCAAUUGGCAUGCCCAAUCAGCACAGCAAUUAUAAUAGGGCUCAAGGGGGUAAUAAUCAAGGCCGAGUUCCUGGAGGAGGGCGUCCUCCUCAUGGAGGGCCCAAUCAAAACGUUGGAUAUGGAGGACCUAAUCGUGGUGGACCAGGAGGGGUCUAUGGAGGGCCUGCGCAGCCGAGUGCAUAUACAGCUCCUAACUUGGGGCACCAGGGCGGAAGGGGAGGUCCUUAUGGUGGCCCCACUGGAGGUGCGUAUGCUGCUGGUCCAUAUGGAGGUGGUCGAGGUCCACCAAUUGGUGGUCGAGGACAGCAGUUUGGUGGCAUGGCUGGUGGUCCACAGCCUCCUGCUUAUGGUGGUCAGCAUUACAUGCAGCAGCCAACAGCACAGUAUGUAGACAUUGAUGGAGCUUAUGCUCGAGCAUCUCACUCUGGGUUUCAACCUCUGUCUCCUCGUCGACCAGACUAUCGACAGCAACAGCGUUAAUUCUGCUCUAAAUUUUGGGACGUGCUGAUCUUUGGUAGAUCUUUACUCUGUUAUUAUCCUAGGUGUUCUAAUGAAGCCAAAGGGAAAAAAACGAGAGCUUUGGGGAAACCCUUUGUAAACUAAAUAUGUUUUGCACAGUGACUCGCAGCUACGUAGUUAGCAGUUGGGGUGGAGUUUAGGUAGUCGUGUAUUGAAAAUCAAUGCAUGUACGGUCGCAGUUGACCCGAUUAUGGUUCUUUCCUCCUUUCUGGACCUUUCUAUUUAGGAAUUUUGCUUCGGCGACGUCAAGUUCACGCUGAAUGCCAGCUACGUAAUUUUUUUUGCAAUUAUGAUAAACUCAAACAGGUUAAACGAGAAUCUUAGAUAUUUCAAAAGCAGUGUAACUUGGAGACAUGCAAUGAAAAACAAUAUCGUAUUUUUUGAAUACGUCAAUACUUUUAA